GUCGAUGGAGCUGAAGGUGUUUGUGGUUUUUGUGGUGCUGUUGUGUUUUCCUGAUGAUGCCGAAGCGCCGCACAAUUGUGGACAGCGGAGACUAGUCGGACCCCCCAGCCGAUCUCGGAUAAUAGGAGGGAGGGAGGCUUCUGAGGGGGCAUGGCCCUGGCAGGUCAGCAUCCAGCUCCUGUCCACACAUCUCUGUGGAGGGACAAUUCUCAGCUACCACGUGGUGCUCAGUGCUGCACACUGCUUCUACAAAUACCGUACGAUCAGUGCAGACCACUUCAGAGUUUUGGCAGGACUUCAUGUGUUAUCUGCACCCGGAAAACACAGCCAGGUCCACGGCAUCAAGAAAGUCACCAUUCACCAGGACUACGGCGACGACACACAUGAUAGUGAUGUGGCACUGGUGCACCUCAAAUCUCCUUUGGUUUUCUCUGACUACAUCCAACCUGUGUGCAUUCCUCAUAAUGUGAGCCAUGAAAUUAUACUCAGCUUCACCGCUUGUUUCAUCAGCGGAUGGGGGAGCCUGAUUUACAACGGAAGUCCAGUGGACAGACUGCAGGAAGCGGAGGUCGAGCUUAUCGACAGUACAAAAUGUAACCUGAGUACCUGGUAUAACGGCCACAUCACCACAAACAUGAUCUGUGCCGGACUGGAGGUUGGAGGCAUUGACACUUGUCAGGGGGACAGCGGGGGACCCCUGCAGUGCUACAGCGAGGAGAAGCAGAGCUUUUAUCAAGUCGGAGUGACCAGUUUCGGUGAAGAAUGCGGCCUCCCUCUCAGACCAGGGGUGUAUGUUCGAACCAGCAGGUUUUCAGACUGGCUGAACACAAAACUGGAAACAUCUGGGUCUGAACGCAGACAGACUUCAGCUCUGCUGACAGCUGCUGUUUUGCUGCUGCUGCUCUGAAAAAUACACUAUGCUUCACUCUUAAUCACUCAGUCCAGACUGUUUG